AUGUCUCGUCUUCUCACCCUCGCUGCCGGCCUGGCGCUGGCGGCUGCUCAGCUCUCCUCCACCUCGCUCGAGAACCACGUCGAUGCCCUCACUCUGGGCAGCUCUUUCAACCCCGUCCAGGAAGCUUACUGGACCGGCUUCCCUCACCAUCGCCGAACUCCCUUCGCCGUCUCUCCUGAUGGCAAGACCGCUUACCUGGCUUACCUCGAUGGAAGCGGUACCGGUGUUCACGUUCAGGGUGUUGACCCCAAGACCUUUGCCGCUGUUGGCACUCCCGUCACCAUCAAGGCUGGUGAGGAGGCCGGUGGUCUUGUUGCCCACAAUGACGGCUUCGCCAUCCUGACCAACGAGGUUGUGUCUGGAGAGUCCAAGGACCCCCUCCCCGUGCUUUACAAGUACACCAACGGCAAGCAGACCUUCCGCACCCUCCUCGGUGGUUCUGGUCUUGGCGGAGACUCUCUUGCCUCUCCCGAUAUCAACGGUGACCUCGUCUUCUCCGAGAAGGCUGGCUACUAUGCUGCUUACAUCGUCGUCACCUCCUACUCUGGCUCCGCCUCGGGCCACUUUGGUGAUGCCAUCCGAUACAUCACCACCGACGGUAAGAUCGAGGAGAUUGCCGGUGCCUCCUCCUCUUGGGGCUGCUCCCACAACACCGGUAUUGCCUUUGAGGAGGCCGACGAGCCUCCCUUCGCCUCCCUCUGCGCUGAGGAUCAGGGUGCCAUCUGGCUCAACACCGAGACCCAGGGCAUGGGCAACAACGGUGUCAAGGUCUCCAACGAGAUGACCAUCAACGGUGGCAGCAACGAGCCCAUGGGUGGAAUGGGUGGCUCCUACAGCUCCCUCGCCCGCUUCAUUGGCUCCGACUCUUACAUCUUCUCCUGGGUUUCCCGUGGUGCUAUUGACCUGACCCUCAACGACUGGAUGGGCCAGGGCUACACCAAGGCUCAGAACCGCACCAACAACCGCAACGUCGCUAUCGCUCUCUUCUCGGACAAGAAGACCAUCGUUGGUGAGCAGGCUACUUCCGAGGUCGGUGCCGCCGACGGUGACAGCCAGAUCAACUGGGUUACCGAGGGUGCCAACGACUGCUCCAACGCUCACGCCGCUGCUUUCGAUGCUUCCAACGCCCUCGUCACCUGGGAGGAGAUCUCCAAUCCCGUCUGCCCCUUCGAGGCUAUGGGCUGCAAGGGCAAGUUCGCCGGUACCAAGUUCCAGCUUGUCGACUCCAAGGGCAAGAAGGUUGGCGAGCCCAUCUCUUCUGACGACACUUACGUUGCUGGUGAUAUGGUCACCAUGGCUGACGGCCGCAUCUGCUGGCCCUACGUCAACAUGGCCUGGUCUCUCGAUGGUCCUACCCAGGGCUCCGACGUCACCAAGAUCUCUUUCGCUUGCAUGUCCAACGCGCUGCUGCCUCUCAGCCCGCUGCGACCAAGUCUGCCGUUGCCAGCUCUGCCGCUGCCGCCAAGCCCAGCGCUGUUCAGUCUACCCCUGCUGCUGUAG